AUGUUGCGACUCAGCUGUCAAAAAGUUUUCGGCUUCAGCAAACAGCCAAUCUCAACUUCCUUUUCAUCAAAUCAUUUUCGAUCUUUAUCUUCUCAAUCGAUUUUUUUGAACUCGAAACAUAAAUCAUCACUCGAACCUCCACCAUCCAAAAAGCGUUCAAAUUUGGCUCAUGGGCCUCCCUCAUUACUCAAACAGGCUCUUAAGCCAGCUCAUGAUAUUAGAUCAAUACGAGACGUAGUCGGUGAAGUUGUAGCUUACUCGACCGCUGAGGAGUAUGAUGUCCGUGCACUUCAGCAUCGAUUGGCUCGCGCUGGGUACUCACGCCCCAUGUACAACAUUCUGGGUGAAGCGAUUUGGAUACCUGAAUGGUCUCCUAGGCUUCUCGAGUCCGAAAACACCACGAAUCAAGACGAUACUAAUGAGAAAAAUUCACCAGAGCGACGCACAGGGGAAGUGUUUGUCUUUGAGUCUGGCAGUUUUGUAAGUUGGGGUCUAGGUGAUGCAGAAGCGGUUGAAUUUCUCGAGACGAUCAUUCGACCGACGGAUGCUCAAGCUGCAGAGCGACUUGAGCGUAACGCAUCACGAGAAGUAGAACGUGAGACGAUGGAAUAUCGUCGGUCUAGGACGGGACCGAUUUUUGAAAUCGUAUCAGAUCAGAUUGUUAUUGGUCCAACUGAGACUGGCAACAAUAGUCCCUCAACCACUCGAACUAUCCUCACACCAUUCCCUGUACCAUCAUCGAGGCCUUCAUCCAAUGAGAUCAAUAUACCAGACCAUUCACUUCUACUCUCCAAAUUGGCAGUCUCGUCUGCUCUCGCUCGCGCUUGUAGGCUCUCUCGGUAUGAGACCCAAUUGGACGAGUUUUUAUCAAAAGUCGAACACGUUCCAAUGAUGUUAAAGACUGGGCACGAUUCACCAUUAGAUAAACGUGAGAUUAUGGCACGGUAUGGGGAAUUACUUGAAUUAAGGCAAGGGCUUAGUUUGAAAGAUGAGAACUUACUUGAUCUUCCGGAAUGGUUUUGGGAAGACACGGGAGCAGAAGAAAAGCAUUUCAAGAAGAUCUUACGAGAAUUUGAUUUUGAAAGAAGGCUCAGAAUAUUGAAUGAUAAGCUUUCAAUGGGUAUUGAACUUCAAGGACGAUUAUUCGAAUUCAGUAACUCUAAAUAUUCUCAUCGGCUUGAGUGGAUCAUCAUCAUCCUUAUUGCAUUUGAGGUUGGACACGCCAUGUACGUUGCCGAUCAUCGUCGACAUCCUGAGCCAUCCUCAGAGCCAGCUCUUCCUCCGACUCAGUCUUAG